UUUUGAGGUUCUCUCAAUCCCUUGUCGCUUUCAUGGAUUCCUACGAACUUCUUCGCUGAAUCACUAGCUCGGCUCCGAUCGCCGGCGAAAUCCUUGCGGUGGAGAUGGUCGGAAGUCCAUGGAUCCAUGGCGCCGUUGCUUGGAAAUCCCCAUUGCUUGCCACUUCCGUGAAUGGUCGAAAUCUCGUUCCUUUGCUCCAUUCCAAGCCAUCGCGAGGGUUUGUUCGAGUGAAGGCGUGGUCGGGAACUCCCAAUGAGAAUUCAUCAUCGAAUUCGGAUGAGGGGAAGAACCCUCUCAGUGUCGUUCUCGAUAUUCCCCAGAAACUGUGGAAGCAGACUGUGCAACCGCUCGGCGAUUUUGGGUUCGGGCGAAGGAGUGUUUGGGAGGGCGGUGUGGGGUUGUUCAUGGUCUCUGGAAUAGCGCUUUUUGCGCUGAUGAUUGUGUGGUUGAGGGACUACUUCAAGUCACAGUUCAGGAAGUACCAGGCGGUGUUUGAGUUCUCACAGGCGGCUGGGAUUUGCUUGGGAACGCCGGUCAGGAUAAGAGGAGUCACUGUUGGGAACGUAGUUCGUGUGAAUUCAUCCUUGAAAAGCAUUGAUGCUGUUGUUGAGGUUGAAGAUGAUAAAAUUAUCAUUCCUCGCAACUCAUUAGUUGAAGUCAAUCAGUCUGGCCUUCUCAUGGAGACAUUAAUUGAUAUUACUCCCCGAGAACCUCUUCCAAGGCCUAGUGCUGGUCCUCUUGAUGCCGACUGUGGGACAGAAGGGCUGAUUGUUUGUGACAGGGAGAGGAUACGAGGACAGCAGGGUGUUAGCUUGGAUGCAUUGGUUGGGAUAUUAACCCGGCUUGGGCGAGAAAUGGAAGAAAUUGGCGUCAUCAGAAGUUAUAAACUUGCUGAACAAGUUGCAUCUGUUGUACUAGAAGCAAAACCACUCCUUGCAAAGAUUGAGGCCAUGGCUGAAGAUAUUCAACCUUUGCUUGCUGAGGUUAGUGAUGGUGCUCUGCUAAAAGAUGUUGAAACUUUAACCAAAAGCCUGGCUGAAGCAACUGGGGAGCUGAGAAAGACGCAGUCUUCAAUUUUGACUCCAGAAAAUAUGGACUUGUUCAAGCAUUCUCUCGCCACCCUGAUUUUCACAUUGAAGAACAUCCAGAAUAUUAGCUCGGAUAUCUCAGAUUUCACAGCCGAUGAAGCUACAAGGAACAAUCUGAAACUGCUUAUCAAGUCCCUUAGCCGACUUUUAUAGUGACGGUCAUUAUCAGCUUGUAAACCAUGCACAAAGUGAUACAACAAGCAAAAUAUAUCGGAGGUUCAGAAUGAUCGAAUUUUGAUACAUUAGAACUAUUUUUUACUCCAUAUCUUUCUAUAAUUUUUCUUUCAAACGUGUAAUGUAUGGAAAGAUUUGAUUGAAAUGCUCAAUCACAAAUGGCAUUUAUUUUGAGAUUCUUAUGAACAUUGCAGCUGAAUCAAUGUCAUAUUACCAAAUUUCAGUUCAA